GCCUUGUUGCCGCUGCGCUAUUGCGGCGGUUCUCCCCAGGUUCUCGCUCUUCUCCUGCAUCUAUCCUGGCUACCUCCUCUCAAGCUCUGUAAAGCCGCAAUGUUCACCCCAGAUCUCUGCACCGAGUCACCGUACGCCGUCAUGGUCGUCUACGACCUUACCCACCGAGGACAUAGGUCGCGUCAAUGACAUAUGCCCACAGAAAGCUUAAAGGGCUUCGAAUCGCGGAUGGUCCGGGCAGAUCUCAACAGACUGUCUAUACCGCCUCCGACUAGAACUAUCCUAACUGGGAGGCGCGGAGAGGUCAUAUGCACCUGGGGGCUCGGCGUCGCUCAUCACGAGGCGAUGGAACGAGUCGUCGAGGAGGCACGGACAAAGAUCGAGGGUCUCGACUUGCUGUAUGCUCUCCGAGAGUGCGCUAUCAAGCAAAUCGUAGAGCUCUACGUGGAGAAUGGCCAGGAUGCCAACGCGGUGCCGAAGGCGAAACACGCAGAUGCGCAGGAGGCUUCUCGCAAGCGGUCACUUUCUGGAGCACCCGACGAUGGCAUAGCGGCCGACCCGAAGCGGCGUUGUAGCAAACUUCGCCUUGAACACCGUGGCAACGCAGAAACUCUGCACACCUCAUUCACUGGCUCUGGUAUCGGCGGCGCUUUGGACGACCCUCCGCCGAAACACCACGCUGGACUAGAUUCGUUGUCUAUCGAGCAAGCAGACUCUCUACUAGGUGCUUCACACUCUGGCACUUUGGUCGUAACCAAUGUCCCUCCGAACUGUAAUGAUCCGGAAACUCGUCUGUUCUCGCAACCGGGAUUCUAGUGACUUGGAGGACCUACAGAGCAAUUCUGCUGAUGGCUUGACGCACUCCCACGACGGUGGCGUAUCGAUUACGAAGUGUGCGGAUCGUGUCAUCAACCCUGAAUCGUCUUCUGGUUCUCU